AUGCUGGCCUCAAGAACUCUAUUCCCGUGUUUGCUUUCAUUGUUCCUAUGCAUCACCACAAUCGUUGCCUCAGAGGACUGGGACGAGAUUGCGAACGAUCUGCAGGAGUUACUCGACAAAAUCGAACAAUCUCAUGAAAAUCACGUCUCCGGCCUGACACGACGGGACUCCACCGCCCGGCGGACCUACUGGAAACCAAUAUCACCUACACAACGACCAGACCCCUCCGACAGCUUCUCAGACCAACUCUCUCAGCUGGCCGGACAGCUCGGCAGCUCCUUGAACCAGCUGAUCGCCCUCAUUCAACAACAAUAUAACAUCGGUGCCCCAGUUUUCGCUUCAAGUUCCGCACAUCCCACUGUCCUGCCUAUAACACGACAAAGUACGCAAUCCACCUAUGCAACGCCCCGGCCCUCGACGAACUAUGCAGCCUCACCGACGAUGCAACCUCCUCCAUCUUCCUCCGGAAGCCAACCCACAAGCGGUACAUAUACAUUCGACCCGCAGGCCCCCAACCUCAACGUCGUCUACUACUCCCAGACGGACCUCACCAGCACCGUGCCCCUCACACAGAUCUGCGCCGACCCGUCCAUCGACAUAGUCAUCCUCGCCUUUGUCACCGAGCUUUUCGGACCCGGUAACUACCCGAGCAUGAACAUGGCCUCCAACUGCUGGGCACCUAAUACCGCGCAACAAGCUGCCGGCGCCACUGGCCUGCUCGACUGUGUGGGCGAUGGUCUUGCCGCCAAGAUCGCCACAUGCCAGUCUCAGGGCAAGAAAGUCAUGCUCAGUCUCGGCGGCGCGUUUGCAAAGCUACAGAUCCCAAGCGAAGAUAAAGCCGUCGAGGCCGCGCACACCUUGUGGGAUUUAUUCCUCGGCGGUUCGAACUCACCAAGCGCACCACUGCGGCCGUACGGGAGUGUCGUCCUCGACGGUAUCGAUCUAGACAACGAAACACCCGCCAACGCCGCGUACAUGCCCACGCUGAUGUCCACACUGCGCUCCCUCAUGGCCACCGACCCCUCCAAAGCGUACUAUCUCUCCGCCGCACCUCAAUGCCCGCAACCCGACCAAUCCAUUCCCGUCCCCGAGCUCCUGAACGUCAUCGACUUCUUCAACGUGCAAUUCUACAAUAACCCCUCCUGCCAACUCAAUGCUGGCCAAGCAUUUCUAGACUCCCUGCACUCAUGGAGCCAGGCCCUGAUGAUGAUACAACAACAAGACGACGCUACUAGUACUAGUACUACCACGAAGCAGAAGCAAAAGCAAAAGCGACAACGGUCAUCAUCGCGAAUCAAAACCAACACCAACACGCACGAAGGCAUCAUCAGUUCAAGGUCGAAUAUCGGGCCCGGGCCCGGCUUCGUCAACAUCAACAACGGCAUCAUGGGCCCUCGACUCCUGCUCGGCACGCCUGCAUUCCCAGCCGCGGGCAGCGGGUACGUCAGCGUGUCCGAGUACAAGGCCAUAUUGGAACAGGUCAAGACUCUCGCUCUGCCGAAUCUCGCGGGCGCCGUGUUCUGGGACGGCGCGUAUGAGAUUCGUAGUGGCGCGGUCAUUGACGAGACUGGCACAGAGAAGACGUACGCGGACGUGGUUAGAGAGAUUCUUGGGUGAGACCCCGGUCAGUUGUUUUCAAGGUCAACGUUUG